GGUGGCAUUGAUAUAAUUGUGUAACUUACCACAAUCACUUGACAUUUUCAUAUCUCAAUCACAAGCUCUUGUUGACUUCUCUUCACUUCGACCUCAGUUCACAAAGUGCAACUCCGGUUCUUCAUCUUCACUACAUCAGCGUCCCAGAAGGAGGCUUCAUCCGGGGCAACAGCUCCCCCUCCACCUCCAACAUGUCAGACUCCGAAUAUGACAAGCUCCUCUCCUUCCAAGAGGCCCUAGAGCUCGUCAAGCUCCCUCCCGACUCAACUUCCCAGUACCGAUUCAUCGGCACCCGCUCCGCCUACCUCCCGGGAUGCGACUACCCACCAGAAAAAGACAUGCCAGCCUUCCACUCGGCAGCCUACGGCGGGCAUGUCUACGCACAAAGCGCCUUAGCAGCUUGCAGGACUUGGAGUGAGAUUGAAGAUCAGAAAAAAAUCCCAAAAUCUCAGAAACUCGGUCUUCAUACAAUCCACGGCUUCUUCACCACCGCCGGCAACCGCCACCGACCCUUCAUCUACUCCCUCACCCCUCUAACCUCCACCCGCUCCUUCAGCACCCUCUCCCUAACCGCCUACCAGCCCUCCGUCCCCUCCUCUUCUCCUACAAAAGACCACUUCCCCGCCUCCGACGCCUCUUUACCUCUCUCGCCAUCCCCGUGCUUCACAGCCAUGAUCUCCUUCAAAGCCUCCGAGCCCCACAGCGCGGGAAUCGCCAUCCAGGAACCACCACCCCAGGUCCGCUUUAAGGAUAUCUUGGGCUCAAGAAAACCAAAAGACUGGCCGCCUGCUCCGCCGGUGGAUGUUGACGGCGUGGUUUCGCUCGUGGGGAAUGAUGUAGUGGGCGCGUUUCCGGUGGUGGAGAUGCGCAAGGUUGAUAUGAGCGGUUACAACGAGGGGAAACCGGUGCAUGAGAGGAGGGAGUUAUUGUUUUAUCGACUACUCAAGCCGUUGCCGAGCGAUGGAAAAGACGGCCACGACGCCAACAGUCACGCAGUAAUCCACGCCUACGUCGUCGACAGAAACGGGCUGCUAAUGGCGUGUAAUCAUCUCGGAAUGGGCUGGACGCUAGGUAAAGCGGCGAGUCUGAGUUAUAGUUUUGUGUUCCAUACGAAUGUGGAGGAGUGUGUGAUGAGGCAUGGAAACCGAGAGACGGACUUGGACCUGAGCCCGGACUGGGAGGGGAGGUUGAAGAAGAAGAAGAAAGGGAAGGGGGAUGGAAAGGAGGAGGAGGAGGAGGGGGAGGAAGGUGUGUGGUGGAUUCAGGAAGCUUGGUUCCCGAGGGCGGGAGCGGGGAGGGGGAUUGUGGAAAGUAAGGUUUGGAGUCCGGGGGGUGUGCAUGUGGCGACGGAGUAUCAGGAUGGAUUGAUUAGGAGCUUUGAGAAGGAGGAGCAGAAGCCGAAGUGGAAUCCGAAGUUGUAGGGGGUGAGUGGUGAUGGUGAUGGUGGAAGGGGAAGGGGAUUGGGAGUGGCAUUUUGCAUCUGGGAUUUGCUUGGACUUUGGAGUUUGGGAUAGCGAGCGAGAGGUAGACUUCCAUCUAGAGACAUAGAUGCGUAGAUAUUAUGAAAUUAUUUUGGGAGUACUCCCACGGGAGACUUUUCAAGUGAUCUUUUUUUUCUGAGAAAGCAUGAGCUUGAUCUUACAAAAAGAUCGCAUUUCACUCCAGCUUUCAUCACUGGUUCGUUUAAUCUG